GAACAACAUGAUCCUUCUGUUCUUACUACCACCAAAAAAAUACUAACGUUGAAGUGCUUUAAAAUGAAACUCGUGCCCACAAAAGCUCCUGCUGCAUCCUCUAUCUCAUCGUUGAUCUACUAUCUUCACUCUCAAGCCGUAGGAAGAUGACAAUUUACAAGCUCGCCAGCCCUAUUGACUGUGAAGUGGCCAUUGACGCCAGCGUUCUCCGGGGUAAAACUGCCAUUGUAACUGGAGGUGCCAAUGGCUUAGGAGAAGCAUACGUUCGUGCUUUGUGCGAGGGCAGGGUACUUAAUCUUAACCAUAGUUGUAUCGUCGUUAUUGGUGAUCUCGAUGCAUCAAAGGGGUAUUGUUUGGAAUCAGAAUUGGAAAAUGCAACGUUCGUCAAGUGCAAUACUACAAUUUGGAAAGACCAAGUCAACCUAUUUCGCGAAACAGCGAAUAUAGCUCCAGAUGGCAAGAUAUCGUUUGUCAUUGCAAACGCCGGCAUUGCCAGUGCCGACGACGUCUUCUCUUACGAUGGUGGUGAAACAGAGCCACAGGUGCCUAAGCUUGACAUGAUCGAUGUUAACAUCAAAGGCGUCCUCUAUACGACCAAACUUGCAAAUCAUUAUUUCAUCAAGCAAAAUGGGCAAGAUCCCAACAAGGAGCAAGAUGACACGUGCUUGAUCCUUAUAGGCUCUGGCGCUGCUUUCCUUGACUGCCCUCGAGGCCCACAGUAUGAGGCAUCCAAAUGGGCAAUGAGAGGUCUUAUGCAUGCGCUUCGGAGAACUACUUAUCACUAUGGCAGUCGCGUCAACGUGAUCUCGCCAUGGUACGUGCACACGAACAUUCUCCAUCGAGAGAAGUUCAACCACAUCAAGUCCUUUGGCAUUCAGUUUGCAGAGCUCGAAGAUGCUGGGCAAUGUCUCUUGCGAAUUUUAAGCGACCCGUCAGUUAAUGGUCGCUCACUUUUCUUAUCGGCGAGGAAAUGGGCUCCCAAGGGCUACCUUGAUCUGGAUAUCGAUGAUUACCCGGAAAAUGAUUUGCUGCAGGAGAUACAGAAGGAACAGAUCAUGGCCGCGCCACCGGAAGCUGGUCUGUUCCUCUAA